AUGACAUUUAAAGAUAUACCUGAAACUAGGAAAAUGAUCAACAUGUAUUCUCUUGCAAAUGGAUAUGACUUGCAGCAAGUUAAAAGUGACCCAGCAAGGCUUAGGUACAUCUGUGGGGGUGGGGUUAAAUUCAAGACUUUAGAGCCUGAGCACACAUAUGAACCUGCAUUUGAAAAUCAAAGAGUUGAUGUAAAUACAAUAGCUGCUUACUUUAAAAUAGGCUUGAAAGAUAAUCCCAAAAUUAAGGUUAAAGAGAUGAGAGCAAGCUUGAAAGCUGCAUUUAAUGUAAAUGAGAAACUUGAAGGUAGUUUUUCAGAUGAAUAUAAUAAGCUUGUUGCCUAUGCCAAUGAACUGAAACUUAGCAAUCCUGGGAGUGAUGUGAUAAUUAACUUAUCAAAAGAUGCUCUUGAAGAAGGCAAAAGGAGGUUUUUAAGGAUGUAUAUUUGUUUUCAAGCAAUGAAGUCUGGGUUUAAGAGUGGUUUGAGACCUUUCAUUGGAUUGGAUGGAACAUUUUUGAAAGGGAAAUCUAAAGGUCAGCUCUUGGUGGCUGUUGGUCAAGAUUCUGCCAAUUAUUUAUAUCCAUUGGCUUGGUCUAUUGUUGAUAAAGAAAUAAAACUUACUUGGAAGUGGUUCUUAGGUCACCUGCAGACUUCACUAGACCUCAAAAUGGGUGAAGGGAUCACAUUUAUAUCAGAUAUGCAGAAGAUUUUGUGUAAGCAUAUAGAAGCAAAUUGGUGUAGGAGAUGGGGUUCUGGUGAGUACAAAAAAUUCCUUUGGUGGGCUGCAUGGAGUACUUAUGAAGAGGACUUCAAAGAUCAGAUAAAGAGUAUGAGUCAAGUAGAUGAUGAUGGAAAGUCUGUGGACAACAACUUGACCGAGUCAUUCAAUGCAUGGAUCUUGCAAGCAAGGCACAAGCCAAUCAUUAAGAUGCUUGAGGAUAUUAGAAUCAAGGUGAUGAACAUGAUUAAUGAACAUGAAGCUGAGGUGAUGACAUGGGGAAAUGAGUACAGUCCCAAAACCAUGGAGUUGUACAAUCAAUUCAUGAGGAUUGCAUUGAAGUGUCAUGUUAAUGGGAGUGCAGACAAUGGAUAUGAGGUGACUGAAAGUAGUGACAGGCACAUUGUGAAUCCAUGGUUAAAGAAAUGUACCUGCAGGGCAUGGGAUCUUUGUGGCAUUCCAUGUCCUCAUGCAAUCUGUGCAUUAUUGCACAAGAAAUUGGACCCUCUAAGUCAGAUUCAUUGGUACCUUACCAAAGAGGCUUAUCUCCUAACUUAUUCACAUAAGUUACAACCAGUAAGAGGAGAAAAGUUCUGA